AUGCAUCAACAAGCACAACAUCACCAUCAUCAUCGACACUCACACAAGAACUCAACCAACAGCACUACACAUAACGACCUUUCCAAUCAUCAUUCACCAAACCAAUCGAUUUCUAAAGGUUACAGCACACUCAUUGGAGAGUCACAUCAUCCCUUUCAAGAACCAGAGGGUCAUCAAUUGGGUGGCGUCGAAGGAGGAUGGACUUUUUCUUCAACUACGGAUCCUUUCAAUUCCACCUCUGCUCCCUCCAUUUCCAUUAUGGAGGAAGAUGAUAAUCCCUUCUCCUUGUCAGUUCCAUUCUGCAGCAAUGAGGGCAAUAAAUGA